AUGUCGUCAGCCAGAGGCAGCAAGGAGUGUCGCCAUGACCCUGGUCUGUUAACCAAAGCCGUUAUUUCAGAAGCAUCUACCUGUACUAGCAUCUACCUGCAAUUAGCAUCCACCCGUACGCAGCAUCCCACCCGCACCAGCAUCCAACUGCACCAUCCACCCGUACCAGCAUCCAAUCUGCACCAGCAUCCACCCCGCACCAGUAUCUACCUGCACCAGCAUCCACCCGUACCAGCAUCCACCCUGCACCAGCAUCCACCUGCACCAGCAUCCACCCCGCACCAGCGAUCCAUCUGCACCAGCAUCCACCCAAGCCCAGCAUCCACCCUGCACCACAUCCACCCGCGUCCAGCAUCCACCCGCACCAGCAUCCACCGCACCAGCAUCCACCACAGGUCACAUCCACCCGCACCAGCAUCCAAUCUGCACCAGCAUCCACCUGCACCAGCAUCCACCUGCACCAGCAUCCAACCUGCACCAGCAUCCACCGCACCAGCAUCCACCUGCACCAGCACCUCCUAUCAUGGUACGGAACUAUCUACACCACCCAUGAUAACGAUAGCCAAUGAGGAGCCUCCACCCAUGAUAACGAUAGCCAAUGAGGAGCCUCCACCCAUGAUAACGAUAGCCAAUGGGAAGGCUUCACUCUACGGGAUUAACCACAGCCUCGUUAUUGUCAAGGUGUCCAGAUAA